CGGCCCGGACCCUGUGGACUCGGUUGUAUGUUGACGAUUUUCCGUGCUCACUGGUUCUGCGGGCGUCGGCGCCAUGGGGAAGCGACAGCACCAGAAGGACAAGAUGUACAUUACCUGUGCUGAAUACACUCACUUCUAUGGUGGCAAGAAACCAGAUAUCCCACAAACAAAUUUUCGUCGUUUACCUUUUGACCACUGCAGUCUCUCUCUGCAGCCCUUCAACUACCCGGUCUGUACCCCUGAAGGCGUCGUCUUUGACUUGCUGAACAUCCUCCCUUGGCUUAAGAAGUACGGGACCAACCCCAGCAGUGGCGAGAAACUGGACGGGCGGUCCCUGAUCAAGCUGAACUUUGCAAAGAACAGCGAAGAGAAGUACCACUGCCCAGUGCUGUACACCGUGUUCACCAACAACACCCACAUCGUAGCCAUCAGGACCACGGGCAAUGUCUAUGCCUAUGAGGCGGUGGAGCAGCUAAACAUCAAGGCCAAGAACUUCCGAGACCUACUGACCGAUGAGCCCUUCUCCCGGCAAGACAUCAUCACCCUCCAGGACCCUACGAAUUUGGACAAAUUCAACGUCUCCAACUUCUUUCACGUUAAGAAUAACAUGAAAAUAACAGACCCAGAUGAAGAAAAGGCCAAACAGGACCCAUCUUACUAUUUGAAAAAUACAAACGCCGAGACCCGAGAGACACUGCAGGAGCUCUACAAGGAGUUCAAAGGGGAUGAGGUCCUGGCGGCCACCAUGAAAGCCCCAGAAAAGAAGAAGGUUGACAAGCUGAAUGCUGCCCACUACUCCACUGGGAAGGUUAGCGCCUCCUUCACCUCCACCGCCAUGGUUCCAGAGACCACACACGAAGCAGCCGCCAUUGAAGAGGACGUGCUGCGCUACCAGUUUGUGAAGAAGAAGGGCUACGUGCGGCUGCACACCAACAGGGGCGACCUCAACCUGGAGCUGCACUGCGACAUGACCCCCAAAACCUGCGAAAACUUUAUCAAGCUCUGCAAGAAGCAGUAUUACGACGGCACCAUCUUCCACAGGUCCAUCAGGAACUUCGUGAUCCAGGGGGGUGAUCCCACUGGCACAGGCACAGGUGGGGAGUCGUACUGGGGAAAACCCUUCAAAGAUGAGUUCCGGCCCAACCUCUCACACACGGGCCGGGGCAUCCUCAGCAUGGCCAACUCGGGACCUAACACCAACAAGUCUCAGUUCUUUAUCACCUUUCGCUCCUGUGCUUACCUCGACAAGAAGCACACCAUCUUCGGGCGGGUUGUUGGGGGCUUUGACACACUGACAGCCAUGGAGAAUGUGGAGAGCGACCCCAAAACUGACCGCCCUAAGGAGGAGAUCCGCAUUGACUCUACCACGGUGUUUGUGGACCCCUACGAGGAGGCCGAUGUUCAGAUUGCUGAGGAGCGGAAGAAGACACAGCUCGAGGAGGCAGCUCCAGAGAACACAGUGAAGAAGAGCCAGCCCAAGCCCGGGAGCCAGGGCCCCCCAACCUACCGCCAGGGGGUGGGCAAGUACAUCAACCCGGCAGCCACGAAACGUGUAGCAGAUGAGGAACCAUCAACCAGUGCAGCUGUCCCCGUGGCCAAGAAAAAGCCCAGUGGAGGUUUCAGGGACUUCAGCUCAUGGUAGCAGCAGGCCUGCUGCCCUGGACCCUGCCUGUGCCAGCCCAGCUUCAGUCUCCUGACCUUGACAUUCCUACCUCAGUUCUCCUGAAGUGCCUCUGCAGAAGCGUGGGACAGCUGCCUCCUCCCAGGACCCCCCUCUCCUCUAGCCCUGGGACUCUCACCCUCACUCAAUGCCUGUGGUCCUUGGGUCGGCACAGGCCACCAUCCCCUCCUGCUCGUCAUGCUGAAAUUCUGACUCGGCCCCACGCUUGGUUUUUCUUCUUUCCCUCCUCACCCUCAAUCUUGGUUCCAUCAGUAAGUCUCAGCAGCUCUUACUUCCAGAAGGUACCUUGGCUCUUUCCCAGCUCUGAUGCUGAACAGCAGGCCCAAACCCUUUGUCUCUCACCUGCCUGUCCCUGCCCCUCGUGCCCGCCAGCCUGGCUCUCCACUGUGCUGAGAGCAAGUCCCGGGCCUGCCUGCAGCCUGUCCCUCUGCAGUCUCCCUGCCCCUGACCGUCAGCAGGGGACCUAGGCUCUCGGAGUGACUGCCCAUUCCCUCUGCACCUUUAGACAGUGGUCCCUAACUUCUUCAUGACUCCUUACGCCACCCUUCAACUUACAGACAUCUGAGAACUCACUCGUGAGAGGCCGUCUGCAGCGACCCUGUCUCCAAGAGCCUGGCUGACGUGGGAGGAGAGGGCAGGCGGGGUGGGGGUGCAGACCCUGGAGGCCGGACAUAC